AUUGUAUUUUUUGCUUUGCAUUUUCAUAUGAAAAAACCGCGGUAUUUACCUUGUACUUUUUUUAACUAGGUGCAAUACUUAGGUAAUAUUAUUAAUAAAAAAAUUAUAUUAAAAUACAAUGCUAAAAACUUUAAUAUAUUAUUAGCAAUAUUAAAAACUUUAAUAUAUUAUAAAUAUAUUAUAUUAUAGUAUAUUAUGAAUCAGUAGAAAAGGUUAUAUUUAAAUUUCGUAAAUUAUAACUCCACUCGACCAGCGCACGACCACACAAGUACGCAAAUACGGUUGCGUGAAGCGUGGCUCGAAGCCGUGGAAUUUACGAGACUCUCGGUCUGUAGAGUCUUGUAUGGUUUUAUGAGUUUUAUGUAUGAAUUUUGACAUUUGUCUCAGGACAGGAGGAGAAAGUAAAUAUAACCAAUAUGUCACAUUUAAAAACAAAAAACUUAUUGAUAAAACUUUUAAAAUUACAAAAUGACCGACUGGUUCAUUCGAUUACAAAAGGCCAAAAAGACAUGUAUAAAACAAAGGGAUCUCAAGAAAGUUCGUUAUGAAUUAGAGCAAGGACAAGUGAUGGUAGAGGAAUAUAAUAUACAAACUGGUGUUCUAACUAGAAGAGCCUGGAAACGAUUGGGUACAUUGGCCGAUGAAGAAGCAUGGGAUAUAGAAAUAGGAGAUCCUGAUCCAACUUUUCUUAAUAAAGAAGAAUGCAGUAUUAAAGAAAGUUCAGGACAACCUUGUAUAACUAGAAGAAACACAAGAAAGAUCUUAGAAUGGAGAAUUCGAAAUUUACCUUAUCCUAUAGAAAUAUACUCAGUGAAAGUGGAUCCCGAUGAGCAGUGCCUAGUAGUAAGAACAUCUAAUAAAAAAUACUUCAAGAAGCUUCCUGUUCCUGACUUAGCAAGAUUAGGUAUUAGUUUAGAUGAAUCAAAUGUGUCAUUUACACAUAAAUUUAAUACUCUAAUUAUUGUAUAUGAAAAGCCUAAGCAGUUGCUUGAAUUUGAAAAAUCUUUAUAUGAAGAAAUUAAGAAAAUUGAACCAAAAGAUGAAGGAGAUAUGCCAGAUUGUCGACCUAGUUGAAUGAAAUAUAAGUAUUUGUGAUUUUAAUGUGUAAUAUUUAUUUAUUUCACAUUUAUAGAACAUAAUACAUUAUCCUACUUUUAUAUA